AUGCAGAGCCUCAGCAAGGAAAACCGCAGCUCUGUGUCCAAGUUCAUCCUCCUCGGCUUCUCCAGUGAGACACAGGUCGGAAUGGCCCUGUUUGCCCUCUUCCUGCUCCUCUACCUCACCACCCUUGUGGGCAACGGACUCAUCGUCAUGCUUAUCUACCUGGACUCACACCUCCACACGCCCAUGUACCUUUUUCUCAGCGUCCUCUCUCUGGUGGACAUGAGCUAUGUCACUACCACUGUGCCCCAGAUGUUGGUUAAUAUGGUGUGUCCGCGGAGGAGCAUCUCCUGGGGAGCUUGUGCAGCCCAGAUGUUCAUCUUCUUGGUCCUGGGCAUUGCUGAGUGUGUCCUCUAUGCCAUUAUGGCCUAUGACAGGUACGUUGCCAUUUGCUUCCCCCUUCGCUAUAUGCUACUCAUGAGCCAUUCCAUUUGUGUCACGAUGAUUAUAGUUUGUUGGUCCAUUAGCAUAGCUGGGGCCCUGAUCUACACUGUCUUCACCAUGCAUCUGCCUUAUUGUGGCCCCUACAAGAUAAACCAUUUCUUCUGUGAGGUCCCUGCUGUCCUGAAGUUGGCCUGUGCAGAUACAUCUUUUAAUGACAGGCUGGACUUCAUCUUGGGUUUCAUCCUGCUUUUAGUCCCACUCUCCCUCAUCCUGGCCUCUUACGUCUUCAUCCUUGCCUCUAUCUUCAGAAUCCGCUCAGCGCAGGGGAGGCUCAAGUCCUUCUCCACGUGUGCUUCCCACGUCACUGUGGUCACCAUGUUCUAUGGGCCGGCCAUCAUCAUGUACAUGAGGCCCGGUUCUUGGUAUGACCCAGAGCGGGACAAGAAGCUAGCGCUGUUCUACAAUGUGGUCUCUGCCUUCCUCAAUCCCAUCAUCUACAGCCUCAGGAACAAGGACGUAAAGGAGGCCUUUCUGAAAAUAUUUAGAGUCAGAACGACAGCUUAAUGUCUCAAGAUGUUUGAGUUGUCCAUAGUCACGGGCAUACUGGAUGCGCUCAUUUGGUACCACACAGGUACCUCGUCUGACCAACCUGAGUCUUCCUGCAGCUGCGAGCAGCCAGAAGAGGGUGUGGCCAGCCCGAACCUGCAAGUCCUCUAUCACUGGUUGGAAAAUGUUCAGCUCCCACCACCCAAACACUCAGUUGAGUACUGAAGGCAAAGGAUUUCUUUAGGACUGUGUCCUUGUCGUUCGUGACCAUUGCUUUUGUGCUUUUCCUGGGUUCUCUCCUUACCUCUGGAAGUUUAUGUGAGUCAGCAUGAUGGCAGUCACAUGUUUAACACGCACACAUGCUCUUUCACAGUGUGAAAACGACACAAAGAGUCAUUUGGGGUAAAAAUUGCAUAAAGAGCAGCAGAUUAUGCAGGGACACAGUCUUGCAUUACUGUCUAACAAACACAAGUAAUAUUUAGCAUUGCUUCGUACACUAGGUGCUUAGAAAAUCAGAGCUAGAAUUAUUUUAGACAUAUGCGUAACAACAUGGAUAAUAACUAGUCUAGUCUGGUCUGGGCUCAGCUUGUAGAAUUGACUCUUACCUGAUCAGUUUAAAAUUUACAUUUUCAAUCUCAUUUUUUUGGGCAAAAGAUUUGAAUAGACAUUUCUCAAAUGAAGGCAUACAUAUGACAAACAGGCAUAUGAAAAGGGGCUCGACAACCCUGAUCAUCAGAGAAAUGCAAAUCAAAGCUACAAUGAGAUAUCAUCUCGCCCCCAGUUAAAAUGGCUUUUAUCCAAAGGUCAGGAAAUAACAAAUGCUGGUGAGGAUGUGGAGAAAAGGAAGCCCUCAUACACUGUUGGUGGGAAUGUAAAUUGGUACAACCACUAUGGAGAACAGUUUGGAAGUUCCUCGAGAAAUUAGAAGCAGAGCUAUCAUGCAAUCCAGCAAGCAACCACACUGCUGGUUCUGUACCCAAGGAAAGGAAAUCAGUGCAUUCAAGAGAUUUCUGCACUCCCAUGUUUGCUGCAGCGCUGUUCACAAUAGCCAAAAUUUGGAAUCAACCUAAAUGUUCAUCCACAGAUAAAUGGAUAAAGAAAACAUGGCACCUGUACACAGUGGGAUACUACUCAGCCAUAGAAAAGAAUGAGAUUCUAUCAUUUGCAACAACAUGGAUGGAAAUGGAGUUCAUUAUGUUAAGUGAAAUAAGGAAGGCACAGAAAGACAAUCUUUACAUGUUCUCACUUAUUUAUGGGAUCUAAAAAAUCAGAGCAAUUGAACUCAUGGAAGUAGAGAAUAGAAGGAUGGUUACCAGAGGUUAGGAAAGGUAGUGGGGGAUAAGAGGGAGCAGGAGAGGAGGUGGGGACACUUAAUGGGUAGCAAAGAAUACAAAGUAUGAGAAAGAUGCAGUGUUUAAUAGCACAGUAAGGAGACUAUAACUAAUAACAAUUUAAUCAUACAUUUAAAAAUAACUAAAAGAGUAUAAUUGGAUUGUUUAUAAAUCAAGGGAUAAAUGCUUGAAAGGAUAGAUACCCCAUAUUCCAUGAUGUGAUUAUUGUGGAUUGUUUGCCUGUACUAACAUAUCUCAUGUAUCCCAUAAAUGUAUCCCCCCUACUAU